AUGACUGUGCGUAAAACAUCGUUUGGUGUUUCAGAAAAAUCAAAACCUGAAGCGUAUCGUGUUUAUAAGCGGCGAUGGUUUAUGAUAUUCAUUUUUUUUACAAUAUAUUUCAUUAAUUCAGUGCAUUGGGUUCAAUAUACAAUUAUUGCAAAUAUUAUUGAAAAAUUUUACAAUGUGGAUCCGACAAUGGUUAAUAUGACGUCUGUAGUGUAUUUAAUCGCAUAUUUGCCAUUAAUUCUACCAGCGUCUUAUGUAAUCGACAAAAAGGGUGUGCGUUUUGUAUUACUAGUAGCAGCAAGUGGUAAUUUUAUUGGGUCAUGGUUAAAAGUUUUUUCUGCAACCCCCAAUGGAUUUUAUAUUGGAUUAACUGGUCAAACAAUACUGGCUGUAUCACAAUUAUUUAUAUUGAGCUUACCAGCAAAAUUAGCUGGAAUUUGGUUUGAUGCAAGUCAAAUGAGUACAGCAUGUACAAUUGGUGUAUUUGGUGCACAAUUAGGCGAAGCAACCGGGUUUUUUUUGACACCUAUUAUUGUUCGAAAUCAUAAAAAUAAAGAUGAUAUUGGAAUUUUUGAAGAAGAACCACCAACAGCUCCAAGCGAAGCUCAAAAAUUAAAAAAACAAGAAUAUUCUAACCCUAUUGAAUCUUUUAAAAAAUUAUUAACAAAUAAACCUUUUGUAAUGCUGCUUUGUGCUUAUUCCAUAAGCAUUGGAAUAUAUAAUACCAUAAAUACGUUAUUAAAUCCAAUUUUUGUGGAACAUUUUGAAGAUAAAUGCGAACAAUUUGCUGGUCGUAUCGGAGUUAUAUUUGUUGCGUCUGGAAGUGUGAGCUCAGUUGUUUUUGGAAUGAUUUUAGACAAGACUAAAAAAUUUAAGGAAGUUACAUCCGCUGUCUACUUCAUGUCGGUGGUCGGAAUGUUGGCAUUUACUUUUGCAGUUAUGUCUGAAACUAAAUUAUUUAUUUAUUUAUCAGCUUGUAUUUUUGGAACUUUCGUAAGUGGUUACUUAGUUGUGGGAUACGAAACAGGCGUUGAAUUAACAUAUCCUGAAAAUGAAUUUAAUUCAGCUGGUUUAUUAAUUGGGAUGUCUUCAACAGCAGGAGGAAUUUUUACAUUUAUAUUUUCAGAUAUGCUGCACAAGACGAAUGAUUUUUGUGUCAAUAUGACCAUGGCAGGUUUAUUGAUGAUUGGUACUGUCCUCACAUUAUUUACACGUAAUGUACGUAAACGUCAGGAAGCUUUAGAUCCAUCCAGAUUUAAUGUAAAUGUGAUUAAAAACCUGGAAAAAUUUUAA